AUGAAGCAAGCUACAGUAACCAUGGAGGUCAACGACGGCGUGGCGAUCGUCGCCAUAUCCAACCCACCCGUGAAUGCGCUCGCGCUCACAAUUUUUGAUGGGUUGAAGGAGAAGUUUACUGAAGCCAUGAGGAGGAAUGACGUUCUAGCUGCUGUUCUGUGCGGAAACGGCGGUAAAUUCUCUGGCGGCUUCGACAUAAAUGUUUUUGAGAUGGUGCAUAAGUCAGGAGAUGUCUCUGUCUUACCUGAUGCAUCAAUUGACAUCUUGGUCAAUAUAAUAGAAAAUGCAAAGAAGCCUGUUGUUGCUGCCAUGGAGGGGCUUGCACUUGGAGGUGGCUUAGAACUCGCCUUGGCUUGCCAUGCACGUGUUGCUGCACCUAAAACACAACUUGGUCUUCCUGAACUGACUCUUGGUGUUAUUCCUGGCUCUGGAGGCACACAACGACUUCCACGGCUGAUAGGUUUGCCGAAAGCUCUUGAAAUUAUGCUGUUAUCUAAGAUGAUAACAUCAGAAGAAGGAGAGAGGCUUGGCCUUGUUGAUGCUGUUGUACCUUCAGAGGAUUUGCUAAAGGUCUCUCGACAAUGGGCGUUAGACAUUGCAGGGAGGCGCAAACCAUGGAUACGUUCUCUUCAUAGGACAGAUAAAGUUGGUAACCUGCUUGAAGUGCAUGAUAUUAUAAAAGCUGCUCGACAACAGGCUAAACAGACUGCAAAACAUUUGCCUCAACACCAAGCAUGUCUUGACGUGAUUGAAGAAGGAAUCAUUCAUGGUGGAUAUCAUGGAAUUCUGAAGGAGUCAAAGGUCUUCAAAGAGCUUGUCUUGACAGACACUUCUAAAGGUCUAGUGCAUGCAUUUUUUGCUCAAAGGGCAACAACAAAGGUGCCCAAUGUUUCUGAUAUUGGACUUAGUCCAAGACGACUUAAGAAAGUUGCUGUUAUUGGUGGAGGACUGAUGGGCUCCGGCAUAGCUACAGCUCUGAUCUUGAGUGAUAUAUACGUUAUUCUCAAAGAAAUCAAUUCUGAAUAUCUUCAGAAGGGGAUAAAGGCUGUCGAAGUGAAUAUCCAGAAUUUGGUGUCACGGAAAAAGUUGGCACGUGAUAAAGCGGAAAAAGCUCUUUCGAUACUUAAAGGCGUUAUGGACUACUCUGAUUUCAAGGAUGUGGAUAUGGUUAUUGAGGCUGUUAUAGAAAAUAUAUCCCUGAAGCAGAAAAUAUUUGGUGAUCUUGAGAAGGUUUGCCCGCCUCACUGUAUCUUGGCUUCAAAUACCUCUACUAUUGACCUCAAUAUAAUUGGAGAGAAGACCAAAUCACAAAAUCGGAUAGUGGGUGCACAUUUUUUCAGUCCUGCUCACGUGAUGCCACUCUUGGAGGUUGUACGGACUGAGAAAACUUCUCCCCAAGUAAUUCUGGAUCUAAUGACUGUUGGGAAGGCCAUAAAGAAAGUUCCUGUAGUAGUUGGAAACUGCACUGGGUUUGCAGUCAAUAGGACAUUCUUUCCCUACAGUCAAAGUGCACAUCUUUUGGUUAACAUGGGUGUGGAUGUUUUCAGAAUUGAUCGGCUUAUCCACGACUUUGGUCUUCCAAUGGGUCCAUUCCAGCUUCAGGAUGUUGCAGGAUAUGGAGUAGUUGUUGCAACAACAAAAGAAUUUUCUUCAUCGUUUCCUGAUCGAACCUUUGAAUCUCCACUGGUUCAGCUUCUCUUGAAAAAUGGGAGGAAUGGUAAAAAUAAUGGAAAAGGAUAUUAUAUCUAUGAGAAAGGAAGCAAGCCAAAACCUGACCCUACUGUGCUCCCAAUAAUUGAAGAAUCUAGGAGGCUUACCAACGUCAUGCCCGGUGGAAAGCCCAUAUCUGUUAGCGAUGAAGAGAUUGUCGAGAUGAUCCUCUUUCCAGUGGUUAACGAGGCAUGUCGGGUUUUAGAUGAUGGCAUAGUUGUCCGUGCAUCCGAUCUUGAUGUUGCCUCUAUUCUUGGCAUGAGUUUUCCAUCUUAUCGUGGCGGUCUUAUUUAUUGGGCGGACACUGUUGGAGCACAUCACGUGUACAGAAGUCUCCAGAAAUGGUACAAAACAUAUGGGAGUUUCUUUAAACCAUCAAGAUUUUUAGAAGAAAGAGCAACUGCAGGCAUCCCAUUGAGUACACCACCUGGUUCCACAUCUUCAAUAGCUAGGCCACGUCUAUGA